AUGUCUUCAACAUCAUAUCUUACUAAGGAAUCCAAAAUCCUCAUCGUUGGGGGCGGAACAUGGGGAUGUUCAACGGCUCUCCAUCUCGCUCCCCAAGGCUGGCUACAUGACCCAGUCUUCAAACCAUACUGCCACGACACAGGCUACGUCAUCUCUGCUUCAACGCCAAAGGCUAUCAAACAAGUCGUGGAGGAAGACGUGGGUGACAAGAUUGACGAAUUCACCCCUCUCAACACAGCGGAGGACUUUAGAGAAACCAUGCCUGAAGGUGUUCUCACAGGCGACUUUCCCGGCUGGAAAGGAUUCUACAAAUCAGAAGGCUCUGGUUGGGUCCAUGCUCGAAAGGCCAUGACUGCUGCUUUUGAGGAAAGCAAAAGACUUGGUGUCAAGUUCAUCACAGGCUCACCAGAAGGCGAAGUCCAGAGUCUUAUCUUUGAAGACGGCGACGUGAAAGGUGCCAAAACUGCGGACGGAAAAGAGCACAGAGCAGAUCGAACGAUUCUUUCUGCUGGUGCAUCAGCUGAGCUAUUCCUCGAUUUCGAGAAUCAGAUUCGUGCCACAGCCUGGACUCUUGGCCACAUCCAGAUGACACCUGAGGAAACCCAGCUAUACAAGAAUCUCCCCGUCCUUUUUAACAUCAACAAGGGAUUCUUCAUGGAACCCGACGAGGAUGUCCAUCAGCUUAAGAUGUGUGACGAACACCCCGGAUACGUGAACUGGAUGCAGAAGCCCGGGGCCAAAUUUCCCCAAUCCAUCCCCUUCGCCAAGCAUCAAAUCCCUCUAGAAUCAGAACGUCGUAUGCGGGAUUUCCUAAGGGAUACCAUGCCACAACUCGCAGACCGGCCACUAGUUCAUGCUCGCAUCUGCUGGUGUGCUGAUACCUACGAUAGAAACUUCCUCAUCACGUAUCAUCCUCGACAUCCUUCCCUUGUCAUUGCAUCUGGUGAUUGUGGAACAGGGUACAAACACAUCACAUCCAUUGGCAAAUUCAUAUCUGAUUGUAUGGAGGGUACAUUGGAAGAGAGGUUUGCUAAGUUUUGGAGAUGGAGGCCCGAGAAGUUUACUGAGUUUUGGGGUAAGGAUCCUUUAGAUAGGUUUGGUGCUGAUGAUACGAUCAUGGAUUUGCCAACGAGUGACACCGAAGGGUGGACGAAUAUUAAGGAGAAUGGCUCUACUCUCUAA